CUUUUUUCGAUUUUUCCAGCCUUUUUCCUAAUUUCCCCUCCCACGCGCCAGGAUCCGUCCGACUCCGGAGUAUUCGACGAUCUAGACUCACCCCCGCUGACUCGCAGUAGUCGUAAAAGCAACCCCCCAAGCGAAACCAACCCAAGCGCCGAUUGCGACAUCUGCUGCUGAACCCCCUGCACCCAGCAUGUCCUCCUCACGCCAGGACGAUCCCCUCGGGAAUACCGUCCUGAUUGGCGCCUCCGAGGAAGGCCGGAAAUUCGACAGGGCCACUGCAGAUGAAACCCUCGAGGGCCUCGGAUACGUGCCCGAACUGUCUCGCAACCGCUCGACCUGGCACGUGGUGUUUAUGUGCUUCAUCCUGUCCUCCGUGCCCUACGGUCUCUCCACCACCCUGACUUAUCCCCUGGCUGGCGGCGGUCCUGCCAACAUCAUCUGGGGCUGGGUCGCCGUCUCGCUGAUCAUCCUAUGCGUCGCUGUCUCCCUGGCCGAGAUCACCUCCGUCUACCCUACUGCCGGCGGUGUGUACUAUCAGACCUUCGUGCUGUCGCCCAUCUGGUGCCGCCGCAUCACCUCGUGGAUCUGCGGGUGGGCCUACGUGGCUGGCAAUGUCAUGAUCACGCUGGCUGUCAACUUCGGCACCACCCUGUUCUUCGUGGCCAGCUUGAACGUCUUCGAAAAGUCCCCCGGCGUCGGCAUCACCGACGACUUCGAGGCCUGGCACACCUACCUCAUCUUCCUUGCGAUAACCCUACUCUGCCAUGCGAUCCCGGCUUUUGGCAAUAGAUGGCUGCCCUUGUUAGAGCAAUUUGCCAUCUUCUGGACCCUGGCGGGCUUGAUCGUCAUCGUCGUGUGCAUCCUGGUCCUGGCCCGCGAAGGCCGCCAUUCCGCCCACUGGGUCUUUACUCACUUCGAACCGCAAGCAGGAUGGCCGGCCGGAUGGUCGUUCUGUAUCGGUCUCUUGCACGCUGCCUACGCAACUUCUGCCACCGGCAUGAUCAUCUCGAUGUGUGAGGAGGUGCGCGAACCCGCCGUCCAAGUCCCCAAAGCCAUGGUGGGCACUAUCGUCAUCAACCUCUUCGCCGGCCUGGUGCUGCUGAUCCCGCUGUGCUUCGUGCUGCCCGAUCUCAGCUAUCUGGUGAACCUGGCCUCGGGACAGCCGGUGCCUCCGACCCUCAAGGCCGCGACGGGCAGCUCCGUCGGCGCCUUCUGUCUGCUUAUCCCGCUGCUCGUGCUGGGCAUCAUCUGCGGCGUGGGCUGCGUGACGGCGACGUCGCGCUGCACGUGGGCAUUCUCUCGCGACGGCGCCAUCCCCGGCUCCAAAUGGUGGAAGACCGUCAACCAGCGUCUCGAUAUCCCCCUGAACGCCAUGAUGCUGGGCAUGGUGGUCGAGAUCCUCCUGGGCUUGAUCUACUUCGGCUCCAGCGCCGCUUUCAGCGCGUUCUCCGGCGUCGGCGUCAUCCUGCUCACGCUCAGCUAUGCCUGUCCGGUCGCUGUCAGCCUGAUCCUGCGCCGGAGAGCCGAUAUCCAGCAGGGCAAGUUCAACAUGGGUGCUCUCGGCGCGUUCUGCAACGUCGUUGCCAUCUCAUGGACCCUCCUCGCCAUCCCCCUCUUCUCGAUGCCCACCUUCAAAGACGUCACCGUCGACACGAUGAACUACGCCUCCGUGGUGUUCGUCGGCUACGUGGCCAUCGCAGCCGUGUGGUACUGGGUCUGGGGCCACAAGAACUACGUCGGGCCGCCGACGGAAGGCGUGGAGCCGGAGGUGGCUCCAGUGCAGACCCACAACAUCGCGAAGACCAAAUAGUGGAGCGCACUUUAUUUUCACUGACUCGUCUGUUCGUCUGGUUUGGAGAGUCCUGAUUACUUUUCCUGGUAUUUGCUCGUUGCUGUCCCGCGGCUGCGUUGGCUUGGAGGUUAUACCCUAUACCCAUAAAAUCACGUGUAUGAAUUCGAUGGAACGUGUAUAUACGAUUGAAUCGUGAAUAUAAUCUAGAGUUAUGAUAACG